CAAAGAUUCCCCCUUUUAAUUCCCUGAUACAGACACCAGCGAUUUGGAACUUGGAGGCCUGCGGGGUUUAAGGUUAAGGAAGAUGCCGAUUCCGUGAGGGGUGGGGUUGGUUCUUGAUGCGGCUUCAUGGCGGAGUGCGGAGCUGAAUCUUCCUGGAAGAACGAGUUCCCGUUGGGGAUGCGGGUGCUGGCCGUGGAUGACGACAGGGUGUGCCUCCGGCUGCUCGAGACCCAACUCAAGGAGUGCGGAUACCAAGUUACUGCAACACAACAUGCAUUGACAGCUUUAGAACUUCUAAGAGAGAACAAAGACAAUUAUGAUAUUGUGAUAAGUGAUGUUCAAAUGCCCGAUAUGGAUGGCUUUAAGCUUUUAGAGAUCAUUGGUCUUGAGAUGGACUUGCCUGUCAUCAUGUUAUCUGUGAAGAGUGAAACCAGUUACGUGAUGAAAGGUGUACUGCAUGGGGCUGUUGACUACUUGGUGAAACCUGUUAGGCUUGAGGAUCUCAAGCUCAUAUGGAAGCAUGUAAUCAAGAAAUCACUGCUCGUUAAGAAAGAGAGCAAUGACCCUAGCAACACUCAUAUUCAGAAACAGAAGGCAGAUAAUGAUCGGUACUCAAUAACAACAAGAAAAUCCAUGGAUAAAAUAAAGGAGAAAGAAGAUUCUGCUCAUGAAAACUCAGAUGGUGAACCAUCAAAACAGAAAAGGCAAAGGGUUUCUUGGUCUGCAGAUUUGCAUACUCACUUCGUCAAGGCUGUCAAUCAUCUUGGCUUAGAUAGGGCAGUACCAAAAAAGAUACUUGACCUCAUGAAUGUUAAAGGACUUACUCGAGAAAACAUUGCGAGUCAUUUACAGAAAUAUAGAAAGACACUUAAGAGGAAUGGAAUAGGAUUGCAACAACAACAUUGUGGUGGUCCUCAUCCACAUGGUUUUGGUGUGAAUUCUCCAGGUUCUGUUAUCUUGUCUUUUAAUCCACAAUUUCAUGCUAAACGAAAUUUUCUUGAAGAACAUGGAUUGAAUGAGUAUCAAAAAGAUAGUAUGAUGAUCUCAUCAGGCCCCUCCUGGUAUACCAACAGCAGUGUGGCCCCUUCACCAUUCCAGCAUUUUGCAUCAUUUCCUCAAGCAGGUCAUUUCAAAAUGGAACAAGAUGGGUAUUCAUCAAAUUCUAUGGGAACCGAAAGAGCAUAUCCUCUCUCAGGAUUUAAAAACUUGACCUAUCAAUCUCUGAGACCAACAUUAGAUCAAGUUGAGUGCUCCAUGAAGAAUUUUCACCAAAAUUCCUUGAUUGUUGGUGGAAUUUCUUGUCCAGAUUCAUCUUCCCAAUUGCAUCAUCCACCAAAUGAAAAUUCUUUUGAAACAUUGCUUGAGAAUAACAAUGCAGGACUUGAUGCCUCAGCCAAGCUGAAUCCAGUUAUGCCUACAGGUCUAGAUAUGUCAGCCCAAAGCAGCAGAGAUAUGUUGGACAUGCAGAGAUAUGAUGGAGACAAGUUUGAAGAUACUUUCCAAUCAGAGUUCGCAAAGCAUCAACCUGAGGAUUCUUCAAUCGAAUCACUAUUUUCCCUUGACAAAUGCAAUUCUAUGGAUGACCUUAAUACAGUCCUCAAGCAGUUUCAGCAGCAGUAGGGAUGGAUGAGAGAGGCGGCCACCAAACAGAGGUUGCUAUCAUCCCACCAGCUUAAUCAGUCGACUGUGGCUAUUUUAUCACUAGAUUUGAGGAAUUCCUGCAAAUUGAGUAUAUUGAUUUGUAAAAAAUCUGCCCCUUUUUUUUG